CCUAACAUAUACAACAAUGACUUCUUUCCUUGUAUUCUUGCUAUGUUUUCAAGCAUUUGCUUCCUUUUCAAAAGCUGUUGUGCCUGCUUCAGACACAUUUAAAUAUGUAAACGAAGGCGAUUUUGGUGACUACAUUGUCGAAUACGAUGCCAAUUAUCGCGCACUUAGUCCUUUCAAUAACCCGUUCCAACUUUGUUUUUAUAACACAACCCCUAAUGCAUUCACUCUAGCUCUACGUAUGGGAACCGUUAGGUCCGAGUCACUCAUGCGUUGGGUUUGGGAAGCGAACAGGGGUAACCCUGUUCGUGAAAAUGCCACCCUGACCUUCAGCACAGAUGGGAACCUUGUUCUGGCUGAUGCUGAUGGUCGGGUGGCAUGGCAAACCAACACAUCCAACAAAGGCGUUGUUGGUUUUCAAAUCCUUCCCACAGGGAACAUGGUUCUUCAUGAUGGGAAGGGUAAUUUUAUAUGGCAAAGCUUUGAUUCACCAACUGAUACACUCUUAGUUGGUCAAUCUCUUAAAGCUAAUGCUGUCAAUAAGCUUGUGAGCCGGGCUUCAGAGAUAAAUAAUAUAGAUGGACCAUAUAGUUUGGUUAUGGAGCCAAAAGGGUUAGCCUUGUAUUACAAAAGCCCGAAUUCACCUCGACCAAUGUUGUAUUGGUCAUCUAGUGAAUGGUUCACUAUUGACAAGGGUAGCUUAACCAAUUUAACCCUAACUUCGGUUCCAGAUACCGAUGAAGGUUUUCUUUAUUACUUAACUUUCAUUUACUUUGUCACAAACCCGUCUUCUGAUUCAAACCGAAACAUGGCCUAUUCUAGGUACAAUAACACAUUAUCAUACCUUCGUCUAGGAAUAGACGGAAACCUUAGAUUCUUCACAUAUAACCCGAAUGUACAAGGGGUUGCGUGGGAAAACGUGUACACGUUUCUUGAUAGGGAUUCAACGGAAGGCGAGUGUCAAUUACCCGAACGAUGUGGGAAAUUCGGGCUAUGUGAAGAUAGCCAAUGUGUGGCUUGCCCAACCCCUAAUGGGCUAAGUGGAUGGAGUAAAGAUUGUGAUGUAAAAAAAGUGACAUCUUGUAAGGCUAGUGACUUUGGGUACUAUAAACUUCAAGGGGCUGAUCAUUUUAUGAUUAAGUACACUAGAGGUGAUGGCCCAACGAAACAGAGCGAUUGUGAGAGCAAAUGCACAAAAGAUUGCAAGUGCAUGGGGUAUUUCUAUCACACGGAUCGGUCGAGAUGUUGGAUUGCUUACGACUUGAAAACGUUAACACGAGUCGGUAACUCGACUCAUUUGGCGUAUAUCAAGACACCGAACAAGUAGUGUUAUGUGUGAAGUUUGUGUGAAUUUACUUAAUUAGUACGUUUUGUUUCUACUAAAAUGAAAUAAAUAAUAAAGUGAAGCUUCAACAAA